AUGUGUUUCAUAACGGAUAUCUCCCAAUGGAUCCCGCAAUCACUAAAUGAGCGGCCACUCUACUUUUCUUUCCUUCCUCAUUUAUUAUUAUUAUUAUUAUUAUUAUUAUUAUUAUUAUUAUUCAUUUUCUGUCCACUUCGUCUUCUCUCUGUUUUUCUUACUUUUUCCUAUAUUUCUACCUUUCUUUUCCAUUUAUACCUCGGUUUACUUUUAGCUUCUUCUUCUCCCCUUUCUACCGACUUGGUUGUCUUUUUCUGCCUUCCUUAUUUUUUUUCUUUUCUUUUGCCUUUCGUCUUCUUCUUCUUCUUCUUCUUAUUCUGUCCACUUCAUCGUCUUCUCUGUCUGUCUUUCUUACUUUUUUUUCGAUAUUUCUACCUUUCUUUUCCAUUUAUACCUCCGUUUGCUUUUAGUUUCGGUUUCACUUUCUGCCAACUUCGUCGUCUUUCUGUUUUCCUUAUUCUUUCCUUUCUCCUUUUCUUCUUCUUCUUCUUCUUCUUCUUCUUCUUCUUCUUCUUCUUCUUCUUUUUUUUACUUUCCUCAUUGUCUUCCCUUUCUUCUUUUUUUUUUACUUCUUUUUACCCUCUUUCUCAAUUAUCUACAUUCUCCAUUUAUUUUUCCCAUUAUUUUACGCGUAAAUACUCUUGGGGAAAGUCCGACACCACAUUUCAACGGUCGCUGUCGUUGAAGAUUGGCCCAGGGCAAUGUCACUACAUCUCCAUAGCAGUUACGAAAAGUAAAAGUGCAAAGAUUUUCAAAAACUCUCCAACCCCCAUCCUUAUUGCAAUCCCACCACCUAUUCCAACCCUUUUUUCAUUCCACCCCUUUAUUAGAUUUUCAAAAACUCUCCAACCCCAUCCUUAUUCAACCCUUUUUUCAUUCAAAAGAUUUUCAAAACUCCCAUCCCAUCCUUGCAAUCCCACCACCUAUUCCAACCCUUUUUUCAUUCCACCCAGUUUAUUAGAUUUUCAAAAAACUCUCCAACCCCCAUCCUUUAUUAGAAUCCCACCACCUAUUCCAACCCUUUUUCAUUCCACCCGUUUAUUAGAUUUUCAAAAACUCUCCAACCCCAUCCUUAUUGCAAUCCCACCACCUAUUCCAACCCUUUUUCAUUCCACCCAGUUUAUUAGAUUUUCAAAACCUCUCCAACCCCAUCCUUAUUUUCAAUCCCACCACCUAUUCCCACCCGUUUAUUUUUUCAUUCCAACCCCACCCUUUAUUAGAUUUUCAAAAAAACUCUCCAACCCCAUCCUUAUUGCAAUCCCACCACCUAUUCCAACCCUUUUCAUUCCACCCCGUUUAUUAGAUUUUCAAAAACUCUCCAACCCCCAUCCUUUUGCAAUCCCACCACCUAUUCCAACCCUUUUUCAUUCCACCCCGUUUAUUAGAUUUUUUCAAAACUCCAACCCCCAUCCUUAUUGCAAUCCCACCACCUAUUCCAACCCUUUUUUCAUUCCACCCCGUUUAUUAGAUUUUCAAAAACUCUCACCCCCCAUCCUUUAUUGCAAAAACCCACCACCUAUUCCAACCCCACCUUUCAUUUUUCAUUCCCCCUGUUUAUUAGAUUUUCAAAAACUCUCCAACCCCCAUCCUUAUUGCAAUCCCACCACCUAUUCCAACCCUUUUUUCAUUCCACCCCGUUUAUUAGAUUUUCAAAACUCUCCAACCCCCAUCCUUAUUGCAAUCCCACCACCUAUUCCAACCCUUUUUCAUUCCACCCCAUUUUCAAAAACUCUCCAACCCCCAUCCUUAUUGCAAUCCCACCACCUAUUCCAACCCUUUUUCAUUCCACCCCGUUUAUUAGAUUUUCAAAAACUCUCCAACCCCCAUCCUUAUUGCAAUCCCACCACCUAUUCCCUUUUUCAUUCCAACCUCUCAACCCCCAUCCUUUUUCAUUCCACCACCUAUUCCCCUUUUUCAUUCCACCCCGUUAUUAGAUUUUCAAAAACUCUCCAACCCCCCAAACUCUCCAACCCCAUCCUUAUUGCAAUCCCACCACCUAUUCCAACCCUUUUCAUUCCCCCCCAGUUUAUUAGAUUUUCAAAACUCUCCAACCCCAUCCUUAUUGCAAUCCCACCACCUAUUCCAACCCUUUUUCAUUCCACCCCGUUUAUUAGAUUUUCAAAAAACUCUCCAACCCCCAUCCUUAUUGCAAUCCCACCACCUAUUCCAACCCUUUUUCAUUCCACCCCGUUUAUUAGAUUUUCAAAACUCUCCAACCCCCAUCCUUAUUGCAAUCCCACCACCUAUUCCAACCCUUUUUUCAUGCCACCCCGUUUAUUAGAUUUUCAAAAACUCUCCAACCCCAUCCUUAUUGCAAUCCCACCACCUAUUCCAACCCUUUUUCAUUCCACCCCGUUUAUUAGAUUUUCAAAAACUCUCCAACCCCAUCCUUAUUGCAAUCCCACCACCUAUUCCUAA